AUGAUUGAAUAUUUUAUUCAACAAGGAAACAGUGUAGAAAAAUCUCUAAAAUUAUGCGUUAAUGAUAUACGAAUGCAAAUUCAACAAGAUGGCUUCGAUUUUAAUCAAUUUUUACCGUUUCCGAAUUUCGAAGAUAUUAGGGAUCGCGAAGAUAGUUUAGUUAGCUGUACUGUUAAUAGUAAUAAUUUAUUAUGGAAUGAUCUUAAUAGUGAUCAAAUUUUAGCGACGGAUACUAUUUUAAAAUCAAUAGUCGCUUUGAAUUAG